AUGUCGAUAUCAAUUUCAAAUCUUCCAGAAGACAUCUCCCAAGAGAUUUUAUUGAGGUUACCAGUCAGAUAUCUCCUGAGAUUCAAGUCUAUUGAUGAUUACAAGUUGGUUAGAGUUGAGAGGUUUGAGGAAUUUGACAGACCUGUUAAGGAGAGUUUUGAGGUUGAGGUCUAUACAUUGGGAACGGAUUUGUGGAGAAAGAUUGGAAAUGUAUCUUGCAAAUUUGAAAAACAUCAACCUGGAGUGCUUGUUAAUGGUGCACUUCACUGGUUUGUUAUUUCCUGCGUGGAACAACUGAAAGUUCUAGUCUCUUUUGAUAUUGCGAAUGAGAGGUUUGUGGAGGUACCAUUGCCUAAAGAACGUUUGACUUACCCGGAAGAACCUUUGGAAGAUGCUAAGUAUGAGAAACAUGUGGCGGAGCUGGGAGGGUGUCUUUGUUUAGUUUUUCAUGUUUUUGGUGUUCGAGUUGAUGUGUGGGUAAUGCAAGAGUAUGGAGUGAGGGAAUCAUGGACUAAAAGCUUCACGAUUACUGAAGUUCAAGAGACUAUUACCAAAACAUUCAAUUUGAGGCUCAAAUGGAGUUUUGGGAACAAUAAGAUUUUAUUGCAGGGCGAUGACAAGUUAAUCUUAUAUGACCAAAAGAGCGAUAGAUAUUGGAAACUUGCGGUUUGUCAAACUAAUUCAGAUGCAGUUAAAGUAAAGGAAGAACAAGAGGAUUCAAUGGAGCUUGAAGAAAACUGGAAAAGUUUUUAUCAGAGACUAUAGUCCAAAGAAGAGCUGUGCGUAAAUGUAGACAUCACAGUUGAACUUGCACAUUAUCCCUGAAAAUGGAUCCGGUUUCGACGGUGGAGGAAUUGGGAGUUUUGGGCGCUGGACCACCUAUUUCAGGGUCUUGCUUUAUGGAUUUUGUUCUUUUCUCAUCCUUGUCAUUUUGAACUGACACUAGUUUCCGGAGGAAAGGUAUCCAGAAUAUGAACACCAACUACUGAACCAUGUAGCUCCUAAAAGCACUGCUGAAUUUUGUUGAUAGGUAAACCUUUUGGUUCUUUUCUUUACUAGAAUUGCGAUGAAUACGGUUCUUUUUUUUUAAAAACUAAACAGUCUUGCAUUUUCUUUCCGAAAACUGGAAUACCAAGUGUUUCGUAAAAAUAGGGAUGCCUGGCCAGUUUUUGCUAUUAUCUACAACUUGUCUGUCAUGCUUAAUAUGCAUCCAGCAUAAAAAUUAGCAGCUAGUACUUGACUGCAAAUGCUCUCUACAUCAUUCCUUACUCUUCCUUGUUGUAACUUGUAAGUUUGUAACCAUUUCAUUUUCGUCAGUGCGAUGAUUCAAGUUUAUUUUCAUCUACAUCUUAACCACUGG